CCCGCACCCUGCCCUCCUCAGAAGCUCAAAGCCAACGGCCGGGAGGAAAAGCUUGGCUGAGGAUCGCCUGGUCACUGCAGCCAAUCACGGUGGUGGCGCUGGUGCUAUCCGGGCUCGUCGGACUGUGAGCGAGCAGCGAGCGCGUACGUGCCAUGGAGGGGGAGGAGAAGCCGGUGGUGGGCGGGGCCUACUGGGGCGUGGGCGCGAGGGCGUGUGACUCGUGCGCCACCGAGGCGGCCAGGCUCUUCUGCCGCGCCGACGCCGCGUUCCUCUGCGCCGGCUGCGACGCGCGCGCGCACGGCGCCGGGUCGCGCCACGCCCGGGUCUGGCUCUGCGAGGUCUGCGAGCACGCGCCCGCGGCCGUCACGUGCAAGGCCGACGCCGCCGUGCUCUGCGCCUCCUGCGACGCCGACAUCCACGCCGCCAACCCGCUUGCGCGCCGGCACGAGCGCGUCCCCGUCGCGCCCUUCUUCGGCGCGGCCGCCGACGCGCACAAGCCCUUCGUGCCGUCGGGAGCCCAGGCCGCUGCCGAGGACGACGGGAGCAACGACGCCGAGGCGGCCUCGUGGCUGCUCCCCGAGCCCGAUCACAAGGAUGGCGCCAACGGUGCUACCGCGGACGUCUUCUUCGCGGACUCCGACCAUUACCUCGACCUCGACUUCGCGCGGUCAAUGGACGACAUCAAGGCCAUCAGCGUGCAGCUCAACGGCCAGCCCGAGAUCGACCUGAACGGCGGCAACAAAGGCUUCUACUCCGACCACUCCAUGAACCACAGCGUAUCGUCGUCUGAGGCGGCGGUGGUGCCGGACGCGGCGGCGGCGCCGGUGGUGAGCAGGGGGAGGGAGCGGGAGGCGCGGCUGAUGCGGUACAGGGAGAAGCGCAAGAGCCGGCGGUUCGAGAAGACCAUCCGGUACGCGUCCCGCAAGGCGUACGCGGAGACGCGGCCGCGCGUCAAGGGCCGGUUCGCCAAGCGCACGGGCACGGCGGACGCCGACGCCAUGGAGGAGCACGAGGAGAUGUACUCCUCGGCCGCGGCCGCCGUCGCCGCGCUCAUGGCGCCCGGCCCCGACCACGACUACGGCGUGGACGGCGUGGUGCCGACCUUGGUGUAAUUUUGUUGCAUGCAUGCACGCACGCAAAGCUUCGUCUAGCAUUUGAUCAGUCAAUUGUAUAUGCAUGAUUACGCGGGAGCGAUCCAGACUUCCAAUCCAACCCCCCUCCUUAAUUUUGCCCGAUCCCUGUAAUUUUUUACCUGUAGCAUAUCAUCAUCACGACUUCACGAGCUGGCUAA